AUGGCUUCUCCCAUUACCAUCACACUCAUCUUCCUGUUCCUCCUUUAUUCAGCAGAAGCCAAGCGCACCUACAUCGUCCGCGUUAAACACUCGGAUAAACCGGAAUCUUUCUCAACUCACCACGAUUGGUACACUUGGCAACUUCAAUCUAUCUCCACUGAUCCACAGUCACAAACGGAAUCUGAAUCCCCUCUUCUCUACACGUACAAAACCUCCUUCAAUGGCUUCUCCGCUUUCCUGGACACCGAGGAAGCCGAAUCCCUCCUCAGGUCCGACUCAAUCCUGGAUGUGUUCGAAGAUCCUGUGUACACGCUUGACACGACACGAACUCCGGAGUUCCUGGGUCUCAAAUCCGAGUUUGGGGUUGCUUCAGGGUACAGUGGCCACGCUUCUAACGGUGUGAUAAUUGGAGUCUUAGAUACUGGUGUGUGGCCUGAAUCCAAGAGUUAUGACGAUUACGGGAUGCCAGAGAUUCCGUCCAAGUGGAAAGGAGAGUGUGAAUCUGGACCCGACUUCGAUUCGAAGUUGUGUAACAAGAAGCUGAUCGGAGCUAGAAGCUUCUCCAAAGGCUUUCAGAUGUCUUCAGGCGGCGGCGGUUUCUCGACCAAACGUGAGUCUGUUUCUCCCCGUGACGUCGACGGACAUGGAACUCAUACUUCCAGUACAGCCGCUGGAUCCGCCGUUACAAACGCCAGUUUCCUCGGUUACGCCGCCGGUACGGCGAGAGGGAUGGCUACGGGUGCUCGUGUGGCCACUUACAAGGUCUGUUGGAGUAGCGGCUGUUUCGGAUCUGACAUCCUCGCCGCCAUGGAUCGAGCCAUUCUAGACGGCGUCGAUGUGCUUUCUCUCUCCCUCGGCGGCGGAUCAGCUCCUUACUACCGUGAUACCAUCGCGAUUGGAUCCUUUUCCGCUAUGGAGAAAGGCGUCUUCGUCUCUUGCUCAGCCGGAAACAGCGGUCCCACUAGAUCUUCAGUCGCCAACGUCGCGCCGUGGGUCAUGACUGUCGGAGCCGGAACUCUAGAUCGUGACUUCCCGGCUUACGCGAAUCUCGGGAACGGGAAACGCCUCGUCGGAGUUUCGCUUUACAGCGGAGAAGGGAUGGGGACGAAACCGCUGGAAUUGGUUUACAACAAAGGGAACAGCAGCUCCAGUAAUCUCUGCCUCCCUGGCUCCCUCGAACCCACCACCGUGCGUGGCAAAAUCGUGGUCUGUGACAGAGGAGUGAACGCUCGUGUUGAGAAAGGAGCUGUUGUCAGAGACGCUGGAGGUUUGGGGAUGAUAAUGGCCAACACUGCGGCGAGUGGUGAGGAGCUUGUUGCCGAUAGUCAUUUGCUUCCGGCGAUUGCUGUGGGGAAGAAGACAGGUGAUCUCCUCAGAGAAUACAUCAAAUCGGAUUCGAAUCCAACCUCUCUUCUUGUAUUUAAAGGAACGGUUCUUGAUGUUCAUCCUUCUCCUGUGGUUGCUGCGUUUAGCUCUAGAGGUCCAAACACUGUAACUCCAGAGAUCUUGAAACCUGACGUCAUUGGUCCUGGAGUUAACAUUUUGGCUGGUUGGUCUGAUGCUAUUGGUCCUACUGGUCUUGACAAGGACUCGAGGAGGACCCAGUUCAACAUCAUGUCAGGUACGUCCAUGUCAUGCCCACACAUCAGUGGUUUAGCCGGUCUUUUGAAAGCAGCUCACCCUGAGUGGAGUCCAAGCGCCAUCAAGUCAGCGCUCAUGACCACAGCUUACAAUCUUGACAACACCAACUCUCCUCUCCGUGAUGCUGCAGAUAACAGCCUCUCCAACCCACACGCUCACGGCUCGGGCCACGUAGAUCCUCAAAAGGCUCUCUCGCCGGGUCUUGUCUACGACAUCUCCACUGAGGAGUACAUCAGGUUCUUGUGCUCUCUCGACUACACAGUAGAUCACAUUGUGGCGAUUGUGAAGCGACCAAGCGUUAACUGCUCGAACAAGUUCUCUAAUCCUGGGCAGCUCAACUACCCAAGUUUCUCGGUUUUGUUUGGUGGCAAAAGGGUUGUGCGGUACACCAGGGAGGUAACCAACGUGGGUGCAGCCAACUCGGUUUACAAGGUGGUGGUUAAUGGAGCACCUAGUGUUGGGAUAUCGGUUAAACCAUCGAAGCUUGCGUUCAGAAGUGUGGGAGAGAAGAAGAGGUACACUGUCACGUUUGUAAGCAAAAAGGGAGUGAGUUUGACGAACAAGGCUGAGUUUGGAUCCAUCACUUGGAGCAAUCCGCAACACCAAGUAAGAAGUCCCGUGGCAUUCUCAUGGAACCGGUUUUGAUUACAAAACACACAAAUCUAACAUCCCUAGCGAUGUUUUCUGUUUUUAAGUUUAAUUACUGUUGGGGGAGAUUUCAGUUCCUAAAAUUGGCUGGGUUCUGCUAAACAAAAACACAUCCCGAGCCAUAAGCAAUGUGAAUCGUUCAUGUUUUGUUUGAUUUAGUUUGAGUGUAUUGUGGGAUGGGUAGAAGAAGAAAAUGUUGUCAAGGAAAAGAACGUUGAUCUUGUUAUAAAAAGAACUGGAAUUUUAUUAUA